AUGCCCCCUGAUGCGACAGCGCUCCCUUCUCCAAAAGUACCACCGUGGAAGGACGGGCGUCCUUACUCGGUGGGGGGCAACAUGCAUUCCAACGGCCAGGUCAGCAGACCGGCCUCAUAUCAGAAUGGCACCCUUCCACUGGCACGACCGCGUUACCCAAAUAUCAAAGACCUGCAGGACCAGGCCGCUUUGUUGAGUGUCAACGAGAUCACGCCGCUCGACGUCCUCCUAAGAACGGCAUCCGAGGCACUCGAACGGACCAAGAGCCUUGUGGACGAGAACGAAUCUGAUUUGGCCUAUAUCCAGUACUUGCGGGCCUCGGAAAUCACCAUCAACAUCAUCCCCCACCACUCGCAGUAUAAGACAACUAUUGCGGAACGGCCUGGAUGGCAUAAGGAGUUUGCGGAUUUGAUGACGGCGGUUCGAAGGAAGCAACGAACAAUGGAUGCAAUCAAGCAGGAGAUUAUCGAGGAUAAUCUGAAAACCAACGUGCAACCAACCGGCAUCUUCCCAUCAUUGUCUUCCAGUUCGCAAGCCUCAGCCGUUCCUAGGGGUCGUGAGAAUCGCGGGCCGACGAAUAACUCCUUGAGAAUGCCGAGCCCGACGCAGUUCCAACGGAUACCGGAUCCUCCUAGCCCGUCUGAAGAUAUGCUGGCACAACGGUUUGCAAAGCUCAAAACCUCUCCGUUUCAUGAAACCUCAAGCAACUCGCCUGGCUAUACCUCCUCUGGACCUGCUGGCCAGGCCUCCACCUACAAUGCCCUUCAGGGAAGCAAUGAGCUGCCUUUCGCUUCACCGACCAGACGCCCCUUCGGGCCUCGGAGUAUGACGCCGAGCGUUCCGAGCGUUCCUCCGAAACUUCCUCUCACGACGUCUCUCCCACGUGCCCCCGACCCUACAUACAGUCCUAUAUAUACGGUUCCUUCACAGCCUCCACCAAACCCCCCAAGAGCUUCUUCAGAAAGCGUACGAUCGUUUACUCAACGAUAUUCUCAAUUUGCGAAUUCACCGCGCGGCAGUCCAAGCCGUGGCUUUGAUGAUAAUCCGUACAGAUCGCGAACACCGAAUGGCGUCAAUGCCUUGCACGAUACUAGGAGCAAUUCUCCUGAUCUACCGUUUAACUCUGCUGUCACAGCCCAGGACCUCCUCGACUACAUGCGCAAAUUUAGCGUCUUGUUGAUAGACGUUCGUUCCCGAGACCUUUAUGACAAUGGUCAUAUCUAUGCCAAGUCCAUUCUCUGUGUCGAGCCGGUGGCCCUGAAGGAGAAUGUGUCCGCAGAGGAGCUUGAAGAGCGCCUCGUUGUAUCCCCAGAACACGAGCAGACCUUGUUCGAGAGGCGAAACGAGUUCGAUCUUGUCGUUUAUUACGAUCAAAGUACGGCGUCGGUCAGCUAUUUGGCAGGCCCACCGGCGGGGACGUCCGCGCCGCAUCUCAGAUUUCUUCAUGACACGCUUUAUGAAUUCAACGAAUACAAGCCGCUUAAGGCCGGACGUCCUCCCGCGCUCCUUCUUGGGGGUUUAGAUGCUUGGAUUGAUAUCCUUGGGCAGCAGUCGCUUGCUACAUCUUCGACUGCAGCGGUCAUGGGGUCGCUCCAGUCUAAAAAGCCCGUGCCUCGACCUGGCCGCCCCCUUGGCCGGGUUCCGACGAUGGCGAGCGCCAAUUCCAGUCUGGAGGUGCGCAAGAGACGUUUGCGCGAAUUUACUCCUCUGAACUCGAAGGAAUUGUCGGAGUGGCUGGAAAAGUCGAAGAACGAAGAAAUAGACGCUAGCACCUAUCUCGAAGAAGAGCAGCUCACUGAGGAGCCCCAAGAGGAGCCCGAUCAGGCUGAGACGACACCUCCAUUCAUCCAUACAUAUGAAGACUUUCUGCGACGGUUCCCCGAGCCGCAUCAUGUUCAGCAGUCUAUGAUGCACGCAGAUGCUCGGCCAGCACCGCCUCCGGCACCGAACUAUGCAGCACCUUCUGUCCCGGUGGCACCCUCGCGCCCCCCUCCGGCGGUGCCUCGUCCAAGUUAUAGCGGUGUCUCUGACGGUCGGCAAAUACAGCCUCAUAUGGAGCGCCAGAAUUCGGCGAAUCGGGCUGCCUUGUACACCCAUAACUCGCUUCUCAGUCGCGUGAAGCUUCCGCGGACCGGUCUCACCAAUUUUGGUGUUACUUGUUACAUGAAUUCGACCAUCCAGUGCCUCAGCGCGACUGUUGAGAUGAGCAAGUUCUUCAUGGACAAUCGAUUCCGCUACUACAUCCAGAAGAACUGGAAGGGAUCACAGGGUGUAAUGCCUGGCCUGUACGCAAACCUGAUCCGGUCGCUGUGGAAAAAUGAUGUGGAAGUCAUUAUGCCAUCCUCGUUCCGGAAUUUCUGCGGUCGACUGAACCGGGAAUGGGCCAUUGACCGGCAGCAGGACGCCAAGGAGUUUUUCGAUUUCACAGUGGACUGUCUCCACGAGGAUCUCAACAUUAAUUGGCAACGUACCCCGCUACGACCAUUGACCUUUUCUGAAGAGAUGCAGCGAGAGCGAAUGCCCGUGGCGAAGGUAUCGCAGAUCGAAUGGAAUCGAUACUGCCACCGCGAGGAGUCCUUUAUUUCCAACCUUUUCGCGGGACAACAUGCCAGCCGUCUUCGGUGCACGACCUGUCAAAAAACUUCUACCACGUACGAAGCAUUUUACAGCAUUAGUGUUGAGAUCCCGCCUACCGGCGCAGGAGAUAUCUAUCAGUGUCUUCGCAGCUACUGCCAAGAGGAGAUGCUGAGCGGCGACGAGGUGUGGAAAUGUCCACAUUGCAAGGUAAAGCGCAUGGCAACCAAGCAGAUCUACAUUACACGAGCACCGAAGAUUCUCGUGGUCCACUUUAAGCGCUUCUCUGCGUCGAAGACCCAGAGCGCACGGAAGAUUCACACCCCGAUCGACUUCCCCCUCCAUGGCCUGCGGAUGGAUGAAUUCGUGAUACCGUACCCGAACUCGGCACCCUCCGACCCCGUCGCGCCACCCAACGCAGACUCAACCAAACCACCUUUCACAUACGACUCAUUUGCCGUGCUGCGACACAUCGGGUCCUCGAUGGGCAGCGGACACUACAUCUCGCUAGUACGCGACGCAGAGCGGCAGUGCUGGCGCAAGUUCGACGACGAACGAGUGACGGACUUUAACCCUCGGGACCUGCGUUCACGAGACCAGUUGCAGAACGAGCAGGCGUACAUUGUGUUUUAUGAGCGAGUUCCAGCGAAAUGA